UCAGUAGCCUCCUGCAGUGCGCCAAAAUCAGUUGUGGUUAGUUUCGUUUGUCUUCGUGUUUCGUUUUGGUUCUUAUUUAAGCUUUAUACCAGCGUAUGAAUCAAUAUUUUGUGUAUCGACGUAUUAUUUUAUGAAACAAUAUUUGUAAACUUGCCACGCGACUUUUGCACGAUUAUUCCACGUCCACAACAUGGCGCUUCGGUAUGUGCGAACGUGGAAACAUGUUUUGAGGACAUUUUAUAAACAUAAAAUGCGAGGACAAGCUACAGUCCCUCAACCAAAACAAACAAGAGCAUUCAGCAGCUCAACGAGGAGAAGCGGGGACACGGAAGCAGUGGCGGGACAGAACGUGGUCUCGGAGCGGAGGGGGGCUGUGGUCACCGUGGCGAUAAACCGUCCAGAGGUGCGAAAUGCGGUGAACCAGGAGACAGCGCGGCGUCUGCUACAGGAGCUGGAGGCCUUUGACCGAGACCCAGGCUUAAAUGUGGCGGUCCUCCACGGGAAAGGAGGGAAUUUCUGCGCUGGUUAUGAUUUGAAAGAGCUGGCCAAUCACACAGACUCCCUCAAAUUGGAGCAAGAUGUCACCAAGGGUCCCGGGCCGCUGGGGCCGUCCCGUUUGCAGCUGUCCAAGCCUCUCAUUGCGGCGGUCAGUGGUUUUGCAGUGGCUGGAGGACUGGAGCUGGCUCUUUUAGCUGAUCUGAGGGUGGUGGAGGAGAGCGCGGUGAUGGGGGUCUUCUGUCGGAGAUUUGGUGUCCCUCUGAUUGAUGGCGGUACAGUGCGUCUCCCACGUCUCAUUGGUUUGUCCCGGGCCUUAGACCUGAUCCUGACUGGACGUCCCAUUGGAGCACAGGAAGCUCUCGCCUAUGGACUGGCAAACAGAGUGGUCCCAGAUGGACAAGCUCUGGAAGCAGCGCUGGAAUUGGCCAAACAGAUCAGCUCUUUCCCUCAGCAGUGUCUGAAAGCCGACCGCUCCUCCGCCAUCUACAGCUGCUACGACGCACAGUCAUUCACACAGGCGAUGCAGUUUGAGGUGGACCAUGGACUCCCCGUUAUCCCAUCAGAAAGUGUUGCAGGAGCGUCCCGGUUCAGUUCAGGAGCCGGACGAGGAGGAAAGUUUUCCUAGAGCUUUAGCUUACAGACCUCCAGAUUUAUUUUUCAGGUGAACACAUUGUUUUUCAUUUAUUCUAAUGAUAUUCAAAUGGACUUUUGCCACAAUGCGGCCGUGUGUGCUUUGCUAAAAACAUGUAAUUAUGAAAUGAUUUUGUUACGAGUUCAAGUUUGGAGCUGGAAAUUACAUUAACUCAGAAUGAGCCAAAGCUAAGUACAUGCUAAUAUGUCAGUGAUCCAUGUCGUGCUCAUUUUUCUAAUUCUUUUGGUGGUAACAAUAAUGCACAGAUGGAUAUUAAAACUAACUGUUAAACCAAACUCUGUCACAAACUAUUUAAAGGGAAAUUUAUUUUUCUGUGUUUAAUGAAAGGACUUCUGGUUCUGGUACUGGUUCUCUCUUUCAACCCCAUAUUUAGUGAAUGAAAAUUACAACCUAAAAUCAUAAGUAACAUUGUUGCGGUCUAUUUCGUCUCAAAAAGUCAACACCACAGACUAGGUCUGGGCAAUAUGACACAAAUAAUAUUAAACACCCUCACCCCUGCUUUUUGUGUUUAAUUUUAUCACAACAAAUUCCAAUGUUUAUGAAAUUGACUGUUGUCUCUUGCAUUCAAUGCUGCUUAGAGACAAUUUGAACUAAAUCUCAAUUCAAUUAACAUUCACGCAUUUAAUGAACCUUUACCCUUUGUUGCUAUCCCCGAUUGUAGCAGCAGGACUAAAAUCAAGUACCAAUGAAAGCUGAACUAGAACUUCUUCGACAUCACAUAUUUAAAAAUAUGAGAUCCACUCAUGAUAUGGACCUACACAAGUUGAGAAAUUAUACAUUUUGAUACUUGGCAGCUGAUAUCAUCAAUGUUCUCUGGGGGAUGUGAUUAUAAUUGUAACUACUGCUCUGUCUGAAGCUCUGUUAUUCAAGGUAGACUUUAAUCACGGCUUUUUUCUUAAUACAAUCUGACCAGAAAGAACUGACUUAGGUGAAACCAGGUGAGAUGAUUUUUUUCAAACACCAUUACCACUCAUCCUGAAAAUGUGCUAAAGUCCAUUUUGUGUGGGUUUUUUUUUUUUGGUAUGGUAACUCCAUGGUAAUCUCUAUGGUAACUGAUGGAACAUUAAGCCAAAGCACAUACAUGUAGAACAUCCCCACCAUGAUGCCACUGAAGUAUAUAGAGUUGCUAGUUUUGAUGUUUUAGCUGACAUAGGUUUGAUCUAUUAAUUUUCCCUUUGCUUUUUUGAACACCAUCUCUCAAUAAACGUCAGUAACACUUUCAGUCCUUUAUUUUUCUCUUAUUGAGUUAUUGAUUCUCCUGCUUUUCUUACUAAGGUACAGCAUGUGAAGAGAGUGGUUGUUUUUGUAAGACUAGUCAUAGAAACCCAGUCUUUCCCUUUGCACGUGUGAGUGUGACCCGGUGGUAACUAUAGGAGGACCACUGUUUUGGAGGAUCAGCAUUUCUGUGAUCUGUGCCAGGUGUGGGCAGUCCUCCUGUUUGGAAACUCACCUCCCUAUAUUCAUUCAAGCUUUAUUUUUACAUGACGUUUCUUAUGACCUUUCUGUUGCUGUUUAAUUGCUUAUAAAAGAUCCCACUGAAAGACUGA